ACCUCCUCCCCAGCCCACACCUCAGGUCUGCAGCUGGGUCCUGCCUCCUUUCAGGUGGGCCAUGACUGGAACUUGGCUUCUGCUACUCCUGGCCCUUGGGUGUCCAGCCCUGCCCACAGAUCUUAUUUCCUUCCCUUCCUCCCCAGAGGUAACCGCUCUCCUGAGGCUGGCACAACAAGGUGUGAGUGGCACACCCUUCCCCUCUCUGGCCCCACCAAUCACCCUGCUGGUGGAUGGGAAGCAGCAGACACUGGUGGUCUGCCUGGUCCUUGAUGUUGCCCCUCCUGGCCUUGAAAGCACCAUCUGGUUCUCAGCUGGAAACGGCAGCGCACUGGAUGCCUUCACCUAUGGCCCUUCCCCAGCAGCAGACGGCACCUGGACUAGCUUGGCUCAGCUCUCCCUGCCCUCUGAGGAACUGGCGGCCUGGGAAACCUUGGUCUGCCACACUGGGCCUGGAGCUGGGGAUCACAGCCGGAGCACACAGCCCCUACAGCUUUCAGGAGAGGCUUCCGCAGCCAGGACCUGCCUCUGGGAGCCUCUCAGGGGAACGCCGGGCCAGGCGCUGCUGCUGGGGGUGCUGCGGCUGCUGCUCUUCAAGCUGCUGCUGCUGGACCUGCUGCUGACCUGCGGCCGCCUCCGCGCCCCUCCCGCCGCGGGGGACCCGGCCGGGCCGCCUGGCCCGCGGGAUCCCGGGCUCGCCGCGCCGCGCACUGCCCCGCGGCCCGACUGCCCUCUCCGCCCGCAGCCUCCGCCGCGGCGCGAGCUCUCAGGCCCCAGCGGCUGGAUUGGCCUCGGUGAUGGGGGGACCACAGGCCCAAGGUCCGCCCUGCCCGUCCCGCCAGCGCCGCAGCCCUGAGGCGGCCGCGGGGUUCACAGCCUCCGUCCGGGGCGGGAUCCCUGGCGCUCAGGCUGGGAGGGGACGCUCUCUACCGACCAAGUUUGGCCCUGGAGCUCCCGACCCUCCCGCUGCGCUCCUGCCUCACGCC